UCUGCAGCAAGAGCCGUGUGAUCUGUAUUAUGUGCCUAUUGACAUGGGUACGCGAAGCAAACAUCCCACUUAUUACUUCCACAAGACAUUGACAGCGAGUGACACCAGCACGCAUGGUUGCUGCUCGAUUCCCCGUCGAGCUGCAGAGAAAGUGUUUCCGCCUCUGGAUUUCUCAGUAGAGCCUCCUUCACAAGAGCUGAUCGCGAAGGACCUUCAUGGUAAUGAAUGGAAGUUCCGUCAUACCUUCCGAGGACAGCCAAAGAGACAUCUGCUGACGAUAGGAUGGACUCACUUUGUGAAUGCAAAACGGCUAGUCGCUGGGGACUCCGUGAUAUUUAUUUGGUACGGAUACAACGAGCUGUUGCUGGGAAUCCGGCGAGCCAAUACACACCCUCGAGUCAGCUUCGCAGACAGCAUGCACAUAGGCCUCGUUGCAGCUCACGCCGCUUCUACGAAUACUCCUUUCACUAUAUAUUAUUUCCCAAGGACAAGCCCUUCUGAGUUCGUUGUUCCGUUAGCUAAGUAUGUUAAAGCUGUUCUCCACACGAGAUUGUUUGAAGGCAUGCGUUUCCGGAUGCUGUUUGAGACGCCCGAGACAGGUGUUCGACGGUAUAUGGGAAAGAUUGUUGGGAUUGGCGAGCUUGACCCUGUCUACUGGCCAAAUUCGCAUUGGCGAUCUGUCAAGGUAAGCUGGGAUGAGCCCAUAAUUGUGGAGAGGAAACUAGGAGUUUCGCCAUGGGAAAUUGAACCACUGACAACCUUUCCAAUGUACUCCUCUCCUUUUUCUCUGGGAAUCAAGAAUCCAUGGCCUCUCACAAUACCCUCCAGCCUAGUUCAAAGGGAUGAGGAGAUCAACUUGGUUGCAAGGCUAAUGUGCAUCCAAAGCGGUCAAAAUAUAGGGUUCACUCAAACUCAUAACCUUAUCAACAACACUGCACCAUGGACGCACCAAAGAUUUGAUGGUGUCCACGGUGAGGUGGGCCAUGUGAACGUUGCAAAAGAGCUACCAUCGGCUUCAUCUGCAGAGAUGCUGCAGCUACUCCAACAGCAAACUGAACAGAUGAAUCGUCAAAAUGCACAGAACGAGGCAGCAGAAGCAGCGGUGGAUCAUCCAUUGCUUGCUGCUAAUUAUGCGGAGUUCAUCGGCCCUAGCAUCAUGCCUCAACCUUUGCACAGCAAGCAGUGCCUGGCGGAUCAUGAAGAUAACUACUCACUUGACCUGCACUUCUACUCUCCGACGUCGGAGGAUGUUCUCACGUUGCAAUCCCCGUCCUUGGACACGACCAUGUUGGCAUCAUUUCCUACUACUUUCGAGAUGUGUGUCCACCGUGGUGACUCGGUUGGGGGUGAGUUUGUCGCGAAGAAUGGUGAUGAGAGAUUCUUCGUUUAGGCCAGACGUAUUUGGGUGAAAGGUAAGAAGCAGCCGAAGAAGAGGAGGUAGAAGAAAAGAUGAAAGAAUUGUUUUGUACCGUCCUUGUUUAUCCAUUCGAGUAAACUAAAC